CCUGCCUUUAAAAAACUCCAUUUGGAUUGAUAUACACUGGUUUUAAUUUAUGAAUUGAAACAUUCAAAUCAUGAAUUGUUAUAAUUUAAUUUUUUUUUUUAAGAUAAUGCAGAUGAGACUCCCUAUUUAAACUUCAUUUUGAUGGCGUAAAUUCAUAUCCAUUACCAUUUCAUUAGCACUGCAUCCAUGGUUAUGAAGAGCAGUUGCAAGCAUCUCAUCUUCUUUCUUCUAUGCCUCUUCCUACUCCUCGGCUUUAUCUCUGCUAAAGUUCACUAUCAUGAAUUUGUUGUAUGUCUUCUUCCUUUUUUUAUAUAUAUCAUAUUCAUCUCAAAAUCAAAUUAAUAAUUUAUAAUUUUAUUAUGACUUGAUUUUUUUUUUCUUAUUUUAACUUGUAAUAGUUUUUGGUGACUUGAAUUUAUUAUGUAAAUAUAAGAUUCAAGAGAAGCAAGUGAAGAGGCUGUGCAAUACCAGCACGAUUAUUACAGUGAAUGGACAAUUCCCAGGGCCAACUCUGGAGGCUAAUAAUGGAGAUAGCCUCGUGAUCAAAGUCGUGAACCGGGUCAAAUAUAAUAUCUCCAUUCAUUGCUUUUAUUUAUAGGCAUGGCUUGAGGCAAAUGAGAAAUGGAUGGGCAGAUGGGGUUGCAUAUGUGACCCAAUGUCCUAUCAAAUAUGGGGGAACCUACACAUAUAGGAUCAAUGUCGAGAAUGAAGAGGGGACAUUUUGGUGGCAUGCUCAUAGCCCUUGGCUGAGGGUCACUGUCCAUGGUGCCCUCAUUAUAUACCCAAAAGAGAAUUCCUCCUAUCCUUUCAUCCAACCACAAAGAGAGGUUCCGAUCAUUCUUGGAGAAUGGUGGAUUAAGAACUACAUUCAAAUGGCAAAGGCAGCCUUAGAGAUUGGAGUACCCCCAAAGGUCUCUGACGCCAUUCUCAUCAAUGGCCAGCCAGGUGAUCUAUUCGAGUGCUCUAGCAAAGAAACUACUGUAAUCCCGGCGACCACCGGCGAAACCCUACUCCUCCGCUUCAUCAAUGCCGCAAUGAACACCGAGCUCUUUGUUUCCAUCGCCGGCCACACCAUGAACGUAGUCGCCAUCGAUGCUUCUUACACCAAACCCUUCAACACCUCCUACAUAAUGAUCGCCCCCGGUCAAUCCACAGAUGUACUAAUCCAGACAACCCAUUACCAUGGCCGCUUUUACAUCGCCUCCCACGUUUUCAACAGCAUUUUGCCCUUUAUUGGCCUAGACAACUCUACGGCCACCGCGAUCCUCAACUACGAUACCAUUACACCUACCAAGCCUCUCUUGCCCCUGCUUCCCAUCUCCUCCAACAGAUCUUCGGCCUCGGCUUUUGGUUCGAGACUCCGAAGCCCUAGGAGAGUUAUAAUCCCCGAACCCAUAGAUGAAAAUCUCUUCAUCGUCGUCAGGAUUGGUCUCAUUGAGCGUGAUAUAGCUGCUAGUAUGAACAAUGUCUCCUUUAUGCUUCCCAAAACAAAUUCGAUUCUUCAUGCAGCACUAUUCCAUGAGUAUGGUGUUUUCACGACUGAUUUCCCAUCUUCCCCGCUGGAGAAACUUAACAAAACGAUAAAGGGGACUAGGAUUUAUAAGAUGAAGUAUGGAUCGGUGGUUCAGAUGGUGUUGCAGGGAAGUAAUAUCCUGUUGACGGAAGAGCAUCCGAUGCAUUUGCAUGGGUAUGAUUUCUAUGUGUUGGGGACGGGGAUUGGAAAAUUCAAGAAGAAGAGGGAUGAGUAUAAGUUGAAUAUGGUGGAUCCGCCGAGGAGGAGUACGGUGGGAGUGCCGGCGGGGGGCUGGGUGGUGAUAAGGUUUGUGGCGGAUAAUCCGGGUGUUUGGUUUUUGCAUUGUCACAAUGAGAUGCAUACAGAAUUCGGGCUGGCGACAGCAAUAUGGGUAGAGAAUGGGGUUGGGGAGAUGGAGUCUGUUAUAUCUCCACCUGAUGAUCUUCCGCAAUGUUAACGGUGAUGGAAGAUCAUAUGAUGGAGGCAUAGGCAUAACCAUCAUACCAAUAAAAUGAAGUAUAUAAUGCCUUCAUCGGAGCAGACAAUUUGUAUUAGAAUGGGCUUAAAAAUUAUUGGACUUAGCUUUGAGAUUAAUGUAAUAGAAAUUCUAUAUCUAUUUAGUAAUAAUCUCAGACUAAUUCCUAUGAUAGAUUAUCAAGACAAAUUUUUUUCCUUUGAAUUUCAGUAAUGUAAUUUUAAAACACUAUGUUCAAGUUUCAAUUGAUGUUGCUACUUAGUAAUCAAAGUGGG